AUGGGUAGAUUGAACUACGAAACAUCAAUCCAACACUUCAGCCAUCCUCACCCUCUACAGCUCUCCAACAUCCAAGACGACCAACAAUCAACUUUAAAUCUCCCUCUUUGUUCAGCAUGCAAUCUCAACUCCUCAGGAUUAAGCUACUCCUGCAAAACCUGCAACUUCGUCCUUCACAUGUCAUGUUCUCAGAUGCCUCAACUCAUCAACCACCCAGUCGAUACCAACCACUCCCUCACCCUCCUCCCUUCCCCAACCUUAUACCCAGAUGGGUUCUUCAAAUGCAACGCUUGUGAUCAACUGGGUAACGGCUUUUGUUACCAUUGCAGAGCCUGUAACCUCAACUUACACAUGAUCUGUGCUUCCAUGCCCAUGUCACUUAACCACCAAGCCCAUCCCCAUACUCUUCAUCUCACCUUUUGUUUUCCUUACCCAUCAAGGGCAUUCAAUUGUGAUAUAUGUCGGAAUUAUGGGUCAACCCAAUGGAUCUACCGAUGCAGUGCUUGUGAGUUUGAUGCCCAUCUGAGUUGUGCCACUAGUCCAGCUCUACAGGUUCAGGCUCAGCCUCAGGCUCCCAUGGGUGCUGUCCAGGGCAUGUUAGGAUUUGGCCGGGGACGUGGUGGUGGUGGUUUUGGUUUGGGUGGUGCCACCAGUCGGACUUCUUCAGCUGCAGCUGGGACCAUUGGAAGGAUGGGUGACAGUGAGAUAAAUAAGGCGCCCAAUCAAUCGACGAUAUGGAGAGGGAUCGCUAAGAACCGGUCCAUUCGAGUCACAGAGCUUGAGGUGUUGCUCCAUUGGAAAGUCGGCCGGCCGAGUCCCUGUGAGACCCCUGUCAUUGAGAAUGUCGAGUGUCUACUUUCUUUGGCAAAAAUGGAGUCCUUGUCGGGAGCGGGCAACCUCGAUGCCAAGAAAGUAUUUGAGUGCACCGAUGUCUUUGGUAUGAAACUGAGUACAGAUUUGGCUUCUGACAGUCUGUAUUAA